UCUACCAAACCUUCUUCAUCUCUCUCUACAAACACUUGUUUUCGAUACCCUUUUGUUUAAGGAAAAAAAAAAACGAAGCCCUAAAUGGCCGAUCGUAACGGCGCCGUCGACGUAACGGAGUUCGUCGUCAACCAACGUAACGGCGUUAAGGGCCUCGUCGACGUAGUAUCCCCAAAAUCGCUCCCUCCCCAGUACGUCCAACCACCGGAGGAGCUUCUCUCCGCCGGAAAUAUCCUCGCCCCCGGAUCAUCUCCGGUGAACGUCAUCGAUGUCUCGGACUGGACGGACCCUCGCGUGGCGGAGGAGAUCUGCGAGGCCGCGUCCACUCGCGGGUUCUUCCAGAUCGUGGGACACGGGAUCCCGGCGGAGGAGCUGCACGCGCUGAGGGCGGCGGCGCGUGGGUUUUUCGGGUUGGCGGCGGAGGAGAGGAAGAGGUACUGGAGGGGGGAUUCGGUGUCGGAGACGAUGUGGAUGACGACCAGCUUCAAUCCGUACGAGGAGCAAGUGCUGGAGUGGAGGGACUUUGUCAAGUUCGAGUAUCCUGAGACUGAGGACUCCGCUGCCACGUGGCCCUCUGUCUGCAAGGAACAAGUGAUAGAACAUUUCAAGAGGAUCAGACCAAUAGCCAAGAAAAUGCUAAGCAUACUGAUGAUCAAGUUAAACUCGAACAUGGACGACGACCAAGAAAGAACCCUAAUGGGGACACUGAGGAUGAACUUCAACUACUAUCCCGAAUGUCCGAACCCUGAACUCGCCGCAGGAGUCGGCCGCCAUUCCGACAUCAACACUCUCACCAUUCUCCUCCAAGACGACGUCGUAGGCGGCCUCUACGCCCGGGCCACUGAGCAUGGCGACAAAUGGAUCCAGGUUCCUCCCGUCGAGGAUGCCCUCCUCGUCAACAUCGGAGAUGUACUGCAGAUUCUUAGCAACGAUCGGUACCGGAGCGUCGAGCAUCGGGUGACGCCUAACCGAGUCAGCCGGGUUUCAAUCCCGGUUUUCUGUGGACCGGUUAACGAUUCGGUUAUCGAACCGUUGAGGGAGGCGUUAGAGAAGGGAGAGAUGCCGAGGUAUAAGAAGAUAGUGUAUUCGGAUUACUUGAAGUCUUUCUUUGGCAAGCCUCAUGACGGGAAGAGAACCAUGGAAUCGAUCAGGAUUGUAUCGUGAAAUUUCUGUAACCAAACGUUCAUCAACAUGGUUAUGAUCAUAGUUAUUAUUAAAAUGUAUGUUCGGUUAUGUCGGUUUGGUUUGGUUUGGUUUGGUUAUUGAUAAAGGAACAUGUUUCUCAACUUUAUUGAGAGAAAAAGUUUGUUUCGAUGUUUGA